GCGGAGGCCCAGGCGCGGCCCCGAAACAGCGUCGGCGUCCGGGGCCUCUGCUACAGCGUCAGGGACCGCGUCGGACCGUGGUGGAACGUUUUAUACCGCAAAAAAUGGACUCGGCAGAUACUUAAGGAUGUUUCAUUUUACAUAGAGAGCGGCCAGAUUAUGGGUAUUUUAGGAAACUCUGGCUCUGGGAAAACAACACUUCUGGAUGCAGUAUCAGGAAGACUGGAACAUAAAGACAACUUCUUUGGUGAAGUGUAUGUGAAUGGGCGUCAGCUGAAGAAGGAACAGUUUAAGGAUUGUUUCUCUUAUGUGCCACAGAAUGACACUUUGCUAAGCUUCCUCACCAUAGAAGAAUCUCUGACCUACACUGCUUUGCUGGCUCGUCAGAAAUGCUCCAGCACCUUCAUCAAAAAGAAGGUAGAUGCAGUUAUGGCUGAGUUGAGCCUCAGCCACAUUGCUGGCAAAAUAAUUGGAAGCCGUGUUUUUGUAGGAAUUUCAGGGGGUGAGAGGCGUCGUGUUUCAAUUGCAGCCCAACUAUUACAAGAUCCCAAGGUCAUGCUACUUGAUGAACCAACUACGGGGCUGGACUGCUUGACUGCAAACCAGAUCGUUUCGCUGCUCUCAGAACUUGCACACAGAGACCGGAUUGUGAUUAUUACAAUUCACCAGCCUCGCUCAGAACUCUUCAAGUUAUUUGAUAAAAUAGCCAUCAUGAGCUUUGGAGAAAUGGUUUUCUGUGGGAACCCUAUGGAAAUGAUUACAUUUUUUAGUGACUGUGGCUAUUCGUGUCCUGAGCAAUCAAAUCCUUUUGACAUCUAUGUGGAUCUGACAUCUGUGGACACUCGAAGCAAGGAACGUGAACUUGAAACCUACAGUAGGGUUCAGAUAAUUGUGACGGCCUACAAAAACUCCGAAAUUUUUAGCAAAGUACUGGCAGCCAUUGAAAGGACAAAGCGUAUGAAAGAGCUGCCACCAAUACCAUUCAAAAGCAAAGACUCACCCAGUGCGUUUUCCAAAUUAUGGAUUCUUUUACGGAGGAUAACAAGAAACCUCUCCAAAGAUAAGAUGGGCAUCAUCAUGCGUCUCUUCCAGAAUCUGUUAUAUGGCUUGUUUGUAGCAUUUUUCCUUCUUAGACUAAGGAAUGAUCUUCUAAAAGGAGCGGUGCAGGACCGUGUGGGGCUUAUCUACCAGUGCGUGAGUGCCCCCCCCUACACGGGAAUGCUCAAUGCUGUUGCACUUUUUCUACCCUUACGUGCCAUCAGUGACCAAGAAAGUAAAGACGGCUUGUAUCAGAAGUGGCAAAUGCUUGUAGCUUAUAUACUACAUUUUCUACCCUUCAGUAUCAUCAGCGUUGCAAUUUUCAGCAUCUUUAUAUACUGGACGGUAGGGUUGCAUCCUGAUGCUUCCAGAUUUGGAUGUUUCUUUGCUGUUGUCUUAGCAUCUCAUAUAGUUGGUGAGCUACUAACACUUGCUUUACUCGGUGUGGUUCAGAACCCAAAUAUAGUCCAAAGCGGUGUGGUGCUGCUUAAUUCAGCAGGUGUGAUAGUGGGAACCGGACUUCUAAGGACCAUAGAAGAAAUGCCAACACCUUUUAAAAUGCUAAGUUAUCUUACUUUCCAAAAAUACAGCAGUGAGGUUCUUAUAGUAAAUGAAUUUUACGGCUUAAACUUCACAUGUGGUGGACACAACAUUUCCACUGCAGUUAGUUCAGCAUGUGUUUUCUCUCGUGGUGUUCAGUUCAUUGAAAAAAACUUUCCUGGUGCAACGUCCCGCUUCACAAUGGAUUUCUUAAUGCUCUAUGCUUUUCUACCAGGACUCAUCAUUAUAGCAAUUGUGAGCUUUAAGAUAAGAGAUAUAAUUAUUAGCCGGCAAUAA